GCGUGUGGUGCCCGGGUGGCGUAAGGCCCCGUCUCGCCGCUGGCCGUAGGGUGGGGUCUGGGCUGUCUGAGAGGCACCGGUGGCCAGAGUGGACAUGGUGACCGGCCGGACUGGGGUUAUGCUGGCCGCCCUGGGAAUGCUUAGUGUCUGUGUAGCCGGAGGCUCUGGGCCGGCGGCGGAGGGGGAUUCCGGCGGGGAGGCGGCGUGGGCGGAGCCGUGGGAUGGCGCGGUUUUCCGGGCGCCCUCAGCGUUGGGCGCGGUGGGGGUGGCGCACAGCCCGGGAACCCCGCGCUCUGCACGGGAGGAGGCGGUGGACUUGCCGGUGUUGCUGUGGUGGAGCCCAGGGCUGUUUCCCCACUUUCCCGGGGACUCGGAGCGUAUCGAGUGCGCGCGCGGCGCGUGCGUGGCAUCCCGGGACCGCCGGGCGCGGGGGCACGUACGGACGCGCGCGCUGCUCUUCUACGGCACCGACUUCCGCGCGUCCGAGGCGCCGCUGCCGCGCCUGGCGCACCAGAACUGGGCGCUCCUGCACGAGGAGUCGCCCCUCAAUAACUUCUUGCUGAGCCACGGUCCGGGCAUCCGUCUCUUCAAUCUUACUGCCACUUUCAGCCGCCACUCGGACUACCCACUGUCCCUACAGUGGCUGCCCGGGACCGCCUACCUGCGCCAUGCUGCGCCUCCGCUCCGGGAACGCGCGGAGUGGCGCCGCCGUGGCUACGCGCCUCUGCUGUAUCUGCAGUCCCACUGCGACGUGCCCGCGGACCGGGACCGCUACGUGCGCGAGCUCAUGCGCUACAUCCCGGUGGACUCUUAUGGGAAAUGCCUACAAAAUCGGGAGCUGCCUACUUCUCGGCUACAGGACACAGCCACAGCCACCACCGAGGAUCCAGAGCUCUUGGCCUUCUUGUCCCGCUAUAAAUUCCAUUUGGCCCUCGAAAAUGCCAUCUGUGACGACUACAUGACAGAAAAACUGUGGCGCCCCAUGCACCUGGGUGCUGUGCCUGUGUACCGCGGCUCUCCCUCUGUGAGGGACUGGAUGCCCAACAAUCACUCCAUCAUCCUCAUCGAUGACUUCGAGUCACCUCAGAAGCUGGCAGAAUUUAUUGACUUUCUGGACAAGAAUGAUGAGGAAUAUAUGAAAUACCUGGCCUACAAGCAACCAGGGGGCAUCACCAACCAGUUCCUUCUGGAUAGUCUGAAGCAUCGAGAAUGGGGAGUGAAUGAUCCUUCACUGCCUAACUACCUCAAUGGUUUUGAGUGUUUCGUCUGUGACCACGAAUUGGCUCGGCUGGAAGCUGAGAAAGCCCAGGCAGCCUCUCCUGAGGACAUCCCUGUCCCUGAGCCUCACAUUGCCCAGCCUUCACACAUGGAUUGCCCAGUGCCCACUCCUGGCUUUGGCAGUAUGGAAGAGAUUCCUGAGAAUGACAGCUGGAAGGAGAUGUGGCUGCAGGAUUAUUGGCAAGGUCUGGACCAGGGGGAAGCUCUCACUGCUAUGAUCCACAACAAUGAGACACAAGAGAGGAAGUUCUGGGAUUACCUACAUGACAUCUUCAUGAAACGGAACCAAAAUCUCUGAUUACUCUUGUGAAAGCCUUUAACUUGAUAAGAGUUAAGGAGAUGGACAUCCUUAUUCAAUCAUGGAACUUGUCGGGCAUCUGCUGCACAAACUGGCAAUGAACAGUCUUACCUUGAAUAUAAGAAUUCUAGUUAUAUACUAAUUAUGUAUAGCUAGAGUCUCAGCCUAUCUUUCUCAAAGAAAGAUGGAGGCAUCCAGUUCUUGGUUUAGUGGGAAACAGAAACCUGAAACAUCCAUUUGAUUCAGAUGCUUACCCAAAAGAAUUUUUAAAGAACUACUUAUUUCUCUAGCCAUUUCAUUCUCCUUAUUAUGUAUACACAUACACACAUAUAUGACAUAUACACAUAUGUAUAUAUAAAUGCUUUUGAAAUGUUAAAAUAGGCCAAUGUGAAUCAAAGUGUGGAUUUUUAUAGUUCUUUGUUUUUUUUCUGUAUGCCUAAUGAACUCCUCCCUCAGUUUAAUUAUAGGUAUAUGCUACAAAAGUCUUAUUUUCCCCAUAGAAUCAUGAAAAUUAUGCUGGGAGAAACAGUUCAAUAAUAGCUCUGAACAUCAUCUCAUAUUCUGUAGCACUACUCACUUUAAGUGAGAUGAUUAUUCCAACUUCAUUCAUUCAAUUACUGAUAUCUUUUUAAUACUACAAUCUUUAUGGUAUAUACCGAGACUGCAUUUAGAUGGAGCACCAUAAAUGGCUAGCUAAAUGAAAAGGUGUGUUAGUCAAAUUUGGGAAUGUAGUUGUGGUUUGAACAUACAGCUUAAUGGGCAGGAAGACCAUUAGCUUUUUCUGGGGCAGUGGAACUAGAAUACCUUGGACCUUAGAGCUACCCAGUUGUUAAUUUUGUAUUGAUGAAUUAUCAAGAAAAGUUCCAUAACUUUUCAGUAUAUCUGGCUGUAAGUUUGUGUGUAUGUGUGUGUGUGUAUAUAUAUAUAUAUAUAUAUAUAUAUAUAUAUAUAUAUAUGAGUGUGUGUGUUAUUUUUUUUUAUUUUAUUCUUGAAUUAAAAAAAAAAAAGCCCUUCAUAACAGCCUGGAAAGAGGAAGACAGACCUUCAAAAAUACUUGCUAGAAUUUGAUAUAGGAAUCCACAAAAGAAAGUCAAAUGCAGGAUUCCAUAAUUUCUAAUCUUGUGACUUAUUUAAAUGUAGAUCCUGCUGAUUUAUAAUGCAAAAUACAUAUUAUUCAAGUGCAAACCAAGGUUAGGACUCAAUUUUCAUUAUGUGCAAUAUAAGGGUAAGUGAUGGUUAUGAAAGUGUAGACUCAUCCUUACUUCUUCUAAUUACACCAGCUAACAUUGGCGCUUCCUUUGCACAUUUGUGUAGAAAGUCAUCCAGGUGUUUAUGAAUGAUUGUGCCUGGAGACACAAGUGUGUUUUAUUGUGUCCCAGAACUUUCUUCUUCAGUCCAAUUACCAUAAAAGUACUCACAAGAGAGCAGGGUAAACCAGGUACCACACUUUCACAAGAGAACGCAGAACCAGGAAUAGCCACAUGGUAGUUAUCAACUAAAUGCUUCAUUUUUUCUAUGAAGAAAGCAAGCAAUGUGAUUUUUUCUGGUUUGGAGCCCAGCCUGUUCUGUAGCAGACUUGGGGUUACUGGCCCUAGAAAUACCUGAUAGGAAUCCAUUUUAUUUGUGCUGCUGGAGAGAGAUGGAGCAUGAGGCUUUUUUACCACAAGCAAUUGCAAGUGUUGCUAUUUAUUACUGCAAGUGUUGCUAUUUUCUAUUAUCUCAGGUUUCAUUUUGUAUAAUAAAUUGCUUUUUAAACAUUGUCUUUUGUUUGAUUUCUGGGAUGGGCAUAAUAAAGUUGGAGACUUGCAAAAACAUUUGAAACAGUUCAUUUAACAAGUAUCUAUUGGUACUUCUCUAGGUACUGGAGAUUCAUAAUGAAGAAGA